UUCUGAAGGAGAGGAUGAAAAAGUGAAAACUCGAAAUGCAAAUUGCAUUGAAGAACCCACUGAGACACCAGGGCCAUCAAGCUCAGGUGACCCUUUUGUAUUGCCAGAGUAUCCUUCAAUCUGGACAAAAGAACAGUAUGAACAGUUUAAAGAGAAAAAUGAAUGGAUAUUUGCCAAAAACGGAAUGCUUGGCUGCCAAAAAUGCCACACUGUAAAAGAUCUCGGUGUUGCCUCAUCUCGGGGGGUAAAUAUUGCACCUAACUGGGUAGCAGGAAAGAUAUGCCCAUCUGGACACACAAGAGAUGUUCAGCUGUUGUCAUUGAGAAAAAAAAUACAUGAGCACAAAAACUCAGCAGCUCACAAAGAAGUUGUGAAAAUUUAAGAGACAGCGAAAAAAGACACUCUUGUAAACAUGAAUACCAAGAGUCAAGAUUUUGCCUUUGAGACAACUGCCAGGGUCUUCAGGACAGCCUAUUACGUGGCCAAGUACAAUAAACCAUUCACUGACUUUGAAAGUUUGAUUGAUCUACAGGAGACCAACUCAAUCAACAUGGGGAGAGUUUUACACAGCAAAACUGUGUGUGUUGAUAUUGUGGAUCACGUGGCUUCACAAAUGAAGAAAGAAAUUAUGACAAAAAUUAUACAAAAUAGGAGCAAGAUAACAGUAUUGGCUGAUGAAUCAACUAAUGUUGGUAACAAAUCAACGCUCAUUGUUUUUGUGAAAGCAAGUGUAGAUGGAGCUAUGGAACCUAUUGCUUUUCCCUUGGACCUUGUGGACCUGGACAGCCUAUGUGCUGCCCACAUCAAAGAAAAACUCAUAAACUGCCUGUUAAAAAAUGGUUUUACCAUGCAGUUGCUGCAAGAACUACUGAUAGGAUUUUGUAGUGAUGGGGCCAGCGUGACGUUAGGGGUGAAGUCAGGAGUUGGAAAGUUGCUGAAAGACGACUUUCCAUCUAUUGUUCUCUGGCACUGUUUGAAUCACAGACUGGAGCUUGCUGCAGACCAGGCACUUGAUAAAACAGGGGGGACAAAAGAUUUCCAGGCCUUCCUUGACUCCCUUUAUUCACUUUACAGCCAAUCACCCAAGAACACUAGAGAGCUCAGUGAGUGUGCGCACAAUCUGCACAUCACCCUUAAAAGGAUUGGUAGAGUAUUCAGCGUUCGCUGGGUGGCUUCAUCCUGGAGGGCAGUCAAUGCAGUGUGGCAGUCAUACUCAGCCUUGGCACAACAUUUCCAGAAAGCAUCAGAGGACAACAGCAGAGACAGCAGAGAGAGAGCCAAGUUCAGUGGUCUGCUGUCUAAAACAGAAAAACUACUAUUCCAAAGGCCCAUGAGCUCAUGACCAACUACCUGAAGCGCAUUGAGAGCCUGAAAACCUACCCAGGAAAACACACUGUUGAAGCAGAGCAGGCCGAGCAGAAGAUGGAAUUUAAUGGACAUCAGUUAAAGGUGGGCAGGUCUCCCACCAUUGACUCUGCUCUCUUCAUAACUGCAGUGGUGGAGAGCAUGAAGGAAAGACAAGUAGCGUGACAGCUGACCGCAAGGAGGCUUACAACAGCCUUAUUAAUCAGAUGGCAGUCCUUCACCCAGAAAACUAGGAUCAAGACAAUCCUCGAUUUGGAGAAGAGGAAGUCAGAACUUUGUGUGAACGUCUCAACAUCAAUGAGCAAGAGGCCCAUCUUGAGUUCAAGGCUAGUGGAGGGAGAAGCAUUCCUCCUCCAUUAAAACAAUUACUUCUGGCAGUGGACACACUCUCAGCCAGUAAUGCAGAUUGUGAAAGAGGGUUUAGUACCAUGAAUAACAUAAUGACUGACCUCAGAGACACCAUGACGACAAAAAAUGUCUCAAACCUCCUGUUCAUCAGCUCAUUUGGACCUCCCUGCAUGAAGUGGGAUCCAAUGCCAUACGUCAAAACCUGGCUAGGAAAAGGCAGGAGACCAGCGCACACAACAAGUGGCAUGGCCCGCAGAUCCCCUAAAACUGAUGAGGAAUAUUACCAGCCUCUUUGGGACAUUAUGACUUAGUUCAGCUAAUUAAGGAUGACUCAAGUUCUGAUCAAUUCGGAUGUUCACAUUUUUCAUGUUCUGAAAAACUCAAUGUUCAAUUAAAGAUUGUUUUCACAAAAACACCUUGUUUACACACGUUAUUUAUGUAUAAAAUUUGAUAUCAAGUGCAUUUAUUUCCUUUAACUGCUUUAAAAAAUAUAUAUUUGGAAAUAAUUUGUCAUAGUACCGGCAAAAGAAAAAUUCUACUUUCACCCCUGGUAGUAGUAGAAUAAAUCUGCGCUUGACAGAUAUACAUGAUUUUUGUAAGGGCCUUUUCCCCUGGUCACAUUACGAAAUUAAAGUGCGAAUAUAUGGAAACUCACGCAUUUACACUGUUGGUUAUUUUCUGCCAAGCAGACGCUCUCUUUAAACGAUGCAGCGCCAGCAGUGUUGCUUUUCUACGCGAAAACAGGCCUGAACUCCUCGUGUGCACACUUAAAACCCCGAACUUGGGCUCCGUGAUUCUAGAAUGCUGCAUCAUGU